CUCCCAGCCACCCAGACGGCCAUGGCAGAGCAGCUGGCACCGGAGCUCCCUGGGGACACUGCCGUGUGCAGCGGGCGCUUCACCAUCAGUACUCUGCUGGGGAGCGAAGAGCCCCCACCGCCGGCAGCCUAUGACAGUAGCCACCCCAGCCACCUGACCCAUGGCAGCACCUUGUACAUGCGCACCUUCGGCUAUAACACCAUCGACGUGGUGCCUGCCUAUGAGCACUAUGCCAACAGCGCCCUGCCGGGCGAGCCCCGCAAGGUCCGGCCUACACUGGCCGACCUGCACUCCUUCCUCAAGCAGGAGGGCAGCCACCUGCACGCGCUGGCCUUGGACAGCCGGCCCAGCCAUGACAUGACUGAUGGGCUGGUGGAGGAGCAGGGAGCCCCCUGCUCCAGCAGCGAGAAGACCCCCGGCGAGCCCGUGCGCUUUGGCUGGGUCAAGGGGGUGAUGAUCCGGUGCAUGCUCAAUAUCUGGGGUGUGAUUCUCUACCUGAGGCUCCCCUGGAUUACUGCCCAGGCGGGCAUCGUCCUGACCUGGCUCAUCAUCCUGCUCUCUGUGCUGGUCACCUCCAUCACGGGCCUCUCCAUCUCGGCCAUCUCCACCAACGGCAAGGUCAAGUCAGGCGGCACCUACUUCCUCAUCUCCCGGAGUCUGGGCCCAGAGCUAGGCGGCUCCAUCGGCCUCAUCUUUGCGUUCGCCAAUGCCGUGGGCGUGGCCAUGCACACCGUGGGCUUCGCGGAGACGGUGCGGGACCUGCUUCAGGAGUACGGCUCGCCCAUCGUGGACCCCACCAACGACAUCCGCAUCAUCGGUGUGGUGACCGUCACCGUGCUGCUGGCCAUCUCCCUGGCCGGCAUGGAGUGGGAGUCCAAGGCCCAGGUGCUCUUCUUCCUGGUUAUCAUGGUCUCAUUUGCCAACUACUUGGUGGGAACCCUGAUCCCCCCAUCUGAGGACAAGGCCUCCAAAGGCUUCUUCAGCUACCGGGCCGACAUUUUUGUGCAGAACUUGGUGCCUGACUGGAGAGGCAUAGACGGCAGCUUUUUUGGGAUGUUCUCGAUCUUCUUCCCCUCGGCCACAGGCAUCCUGGCAGGGGCCAACAUCUCUGGGGACCUCAAGGACCCGGCUGUGGCCAUCCCCAAGGGGACACUCAUGGCCAUUUUCUGGACCACCGUCUCCUACCUGGCCAUCUCGGCCACCAUAGGCUCCUGUGUGGUCCGAGAUGCCUCCGGGGUCCUGAACGACACGGUGACCCCCGGCUCCGGCACCUGCGAGGGGCUGGCCUGUGCCUACGGCUGGAAUUUUACAGAGUGCUCCCAGGAGCACAACUGCCGCUAUGGUCUCAUCAACUACUACCAGACCAUGAGCAUGGUGUCUGGCUUUGCGCCCCUGAUUACGGCCGGCAUCUUUGGGGCCACCCUCUCCUCGGCCCUGGCCUGCCUCGUUUCUGCCGCCAAAGUCUUCCAGUGCCUGUGUGAGGACCAGCUGUACCCCCUGAUCGGCUUCUUCGGCAAAGGCUACGGCAAGAACAAGGAGCCGGUGCGCGGCUACCUGCUGGCCUACACCAUCGCCGUGGCCUUCAUCAUCAUUGCCGAGCUCAACACCAUCGCCCCCAUCAUCUCCAACUUCUUCCUGUGCUCCUACGCGCUCAUCAACUUCAGCUGCUUCCACGCCUCCAUCACCAACUCGCCCGGCUGGAGACCCUCCUUCCGGUACUACAGCAAGUGGGCGGCGCUGUUCGGCGCCGUGGUCUCGGUGGUCAUCAUGUUCCUGCUCACCUGGUGGGCCGCGCUCAUCGCCAUCGGCGCGGUCCUCUUCCUCCUGCUCUACGUGAUCUACAAGAAGCCAGAGGUCAACUGGGGUUCCUCAGUGCAGGCCGGCUCCUACAACCUGGCCCUGAGCUACUCGGUGGGCCUCAACGAGGUGGAGGACCACAUCAAGAACUACCGCCCCCAGUGCCUCGUGCUCACCGGGCCCCCCAACUUCCGCCCAGCCCUGGUGGACUUUGUGGGCACCUUCACCCGGAACCUCAGCCUGAUGAUCUGUGGCCAUGUGCUCAUCGGACCCCGCAAGCAGAGGAUGCCUGAGCUCCGGCUCAUCGCCAAGGGGCACACCAAGUGGCUGAACAAGAGGAAGAUCAAGGCCUUCUACUCAGACAUCAUGGCGGAGGAUCUCCGCAGCGGAGUCCAGAUCCUCAUGCAGGCCGCAGGUCUUGGGAGAAUGAAGCCCAACAUUCUGGUGGUCGGGUUCAAGAAGAACUGGCAGUCGGCUCACCCGGCCAUGGUGGAAGACUACAUUGGCAUCCUGCACGAUGCAUUCGAUUUCAACUAUGGUGUGUGCGUCAUGAGGACGCGUGAGGGGCUCAACGUCUCGGAGGUGAUGCAGGCCCACAUUAACCCCGUGUUUGACCCGGCGGAGAACCGCAAGGAAGCCAGCGCCAGCAGGGCCAGGCCAUCUGUCUCGGGCACACUGGACCCCGAGGCCCUGGUGCGGGAGGAGCAGGCCAGCACCAUCUUCCAGUUGGAGCAGGGCAAGAAGACCAUCGAUGUUUACUGGCUGUUUGACGACGGAGGCCUCACACUCCUCAUCCCCUAUCUCCUCGGCCGCAAGAAGAGGUGGGGCAAAUGCAAGAUCCGAGUGUUCGUGGGGGGCCAGAUCAACAGGAUGGACCAGGAGAGAAAGGCGAUCAUUUCUCUGCUGAGCAAGUUCCGACUGGGGUUCCACGAGGUGCACGUGCUCCCCGACAUCAACCAGAAGCCUCGGGCUGAGCACACCAAGCGGUUCGAGGACAUGAUCGCCCCCUUCCUCCUGAACGACGGCUUUCGGGACGAGGCCACCGUGGCGGAGAUGAGGAGGGACUGCCCUUGGAAGAUCUCAGACGAGGAGAUGAACAAGAACAGGGUGAAGUCCCUCCGGCAGGUGAGACUGAACGAAAUCCUGCUGGACUACUCCCGGGACGCUGCCCUCGUGGUCAUCACCUUGCCCAUCGGGAGGAAGGGGAAGUGUCCGAGCUCGCUGUACAUGGCCUGGCUGGAGACGCUGUCCCAGGACCUCAGCCCGCCGGUCAUCCUGAUCCGAGGAAACCAGGAAAACGUGCUCACCUUUUAUUGCCAGUAACUGCA